GUGUUACUGCUGCAAACUAGAAGCUGGAUUUGUUUAAAGCCGUUGUGCGACUGGAACAAACAUUAAACCUCGUCAAGGCUGUGAAGAUGGAGACCAUGCAGGAGUUCAUCCCCUUUGCCAAAGAGAUGCUGAGUCAGAAACCCAGACGGGGUCUGCUGAAGAUCUACCUGCUGGGCACCGUGUUUGCAGUGCUGGGGUCGAUUAUCGGGUUGCUCGAGACCAUGUGUCACCCCUUCUCCACUGGUCAGCCGCUGGACGCAGAGCUGCUCCUCAUGUUGGAACAGAGAACUGUUCAGGCUGAGACACAGCACAUGGUGGAGGGUCAGGAAGAAGAGGUGGAGAAGAAAGAAGAGAAGGAGCUGGAUCAUGAAAAUGGGGCCAUCACUGAGAGCAUGACCCUCUCCAGUAAUCAAAGACCCAGCCAUCGAAGCAUAGCCACCCGGCUGCAUGCUUCUUAAAGACAAACGGGUUGACCCUGCAGUGACUUGACUUAUUUAUUAGGGAACUUCUCCUGCCACACCAAUGGGUUGUGCAACAUGCACACACUUUAAAGCUUUACAGACAGACUGUCCUGCCACCAAGUCUAAAGAUGCCUCUAAGUGCUGUUUGAAUGUUUUUAGCAUGUUGGCAAAUACAGACGCCUCACUGACCCUUAUGACAGCACUCAAUCAGUCAAUAAUACAGUCGAACCAAAGUGUACAAGAAAUAAAGCAAUUCUUUUGUCAUUUCACAAGGUCAAUCACACAUGAAAAUCACUGAAUCUCACAAUACUGAGUCUUAAUAUAUUCUUAUUGAAAGUGCAAAUCAUAAACUCUUUACAUUACAAUGUCAAAUGUAUACAUUUAUCUCAUAUUCCUCGCUGACAUUAGCCUCUGUUGAAAAACUAUACGUAGUUUAAAAUGGAUAGAUAAUAAAACAUCCUAUGAUGUGAUCAUUAGUACCUAUUAAUUCUGCUUUAAUGCACAAAUGAAGUAUGAAUGGUUCCUGGAGUCUGCCUGGCUACAUGAGCUGCUGUGUAGCCCCCUCUGGUGGUGGAUGUGUCUCAACAACAUACAGCGAGAGAGGAACAGUUGUUGUAAAGGUCUUGCUGUGUGUAAACACUGUAAAUAUACUUUAAUCCUUUUUUUUCAUUUAUUUAUUGAGCCUGGGUUUAGGUUCACUCUUGUUUACUCUUACUCUUUCAAUGUUUGCUUCAAUAAAUAUCUGUCUG